AUGACACCUGGUGUGACUAUCCACCCAUUGGCGAUAGAUUCCUGGUUCCCAUUCAGAUCUGAUGAACAUAACGUCAUAGCUUAUUUGAUGGUGCAGUGGAUUGUUUAUUUAGUUAUAAUGUUUGAUUCUUUUUGGAAUACUUUACUCGCAGCGAUUUUAAUUUUUGCAUGUGCUGCUCUUCGUAUUCUUAAUUAUAAAUUAAGUCAUCCGGAAGAAUUCGUAGCUAUUAAAAAACCAGGAGAGCAAGAUGAUGGCAUACCAGAACCAGCUUUGUACAAAUAUGUUUUAAACUGCGUCAAGGAUCAUUUGCUUAUUAUCGAAUUUGUGAACGACUUGAGAGAUAUAUUAGUAAUUCCAAUGGCAUUAGAUUUUAUUGUGUUCACAGUUUUGAUCUGUUCUCAACUAUUCCAACUGUCAUCAGUUCCAACUGGUGCAAUAGAACUUAUUGUUGUUUACGGGUACAUUGCAAGCUCGUGUACAAUUUUAUUGAUGUAUUAUUGGCAUUCGAAUGAAAUUUCGUUAGAGAGUACUAAUUUGUGUCAGGCAGCUUAUGAAUCUUCAUGGGUAAAUACCAGCAAACGAGUAAAAGAUGCAUUGCGAUUAAUUAUGGUUAGAUGCCAAAAACCACUCGUUUUUCGUGCUGGAUUUUAUCCUAUGAAUCUGAGUGCAUUCAUAAUGAUAUUGCGAGCGGCUUACAGUGCAUUCACAGUCAUGCGUCAAUUUGAUAAAUAG